AUGAGCAAGGAAAAGAUGGAGAAAGCGAUGAACAAGGCCAAAGAGAUCGUCUCCUCAUACCCUGUAGUUGUCUUCAGCAAGACUUACUGUGGUUAUUGCCAGAAGGUGAAGCAGUUACUGACACAACUAGGAGCAGAUUUUGAAGUACUUGAGCUCGAUGAGAUGAGUGAUGGAGGUGAGAUCCAAUCAGCUUUGUCAAAGUGGACAGGACAGAGAACUGUUCCAAACGUAUUCAUCAAAGGGAAACAUAUGGGAGGAUGCGAUAAAGUGAUGGAGAGUAACAAGAAAAGUAAGCUUGUGCCUUUACUUAUUGAAGCUGGUGCUCUCGGAAAAAUCCCAUCCAAGCUUUGA